AUGCUCCCGGUGCUUCUGUCCCUCUUGUGUGUCCCUCUCGUCUCUGGAGUUCUGGACUCACCGGACGUUCAAGUGAUGGACGUGUUGGGCCUUCAGGACCCGAGGCAGAGCGCCGCCGCCGUGGAGAAGCUGGCGGCGGCGCUCGGCUCGCUCAGCGACGUGUACGUGGUCGCCACGCUGCGGCUGCCGGCCAAGCUGGGCGGAGUCCUGCUGGGUCUCUACAGCAAACAGGACAACAGGAAGUACCUGGAGCUCGCCGUCAUGGGAAAAAUCAAUAAAGUCCUGGUUCGCUACGUGCGAGCCGACGGGAAGCUCCACACGGUCAACCUGCAGCACGCCAGCCUGGCCGACGGGCGCACGCACUCCAUCAUCCUGAGGCUCGGGGGGCUUCAGCGCGACAACAUGAACAUGGAGCUGUACGUCAACUGCCGAUUGGCCGAUUCCAGCCAAGGUCUACCGCCAUUGGUCCCUCUGCCCAGGGAGGCGGAGUCGGUGGAGAUACGACACGGACAGAAGGCGUACGCACGACUGCAGGGUGCAGUGGAGUUCCUCAGACUGGCUCUAGGAGGCAGUGUUGCUAAAGCUGGAGCUCUGACUGACUGUCCGUUCCAGGGAGACGGCUCCGCCUACAACUCAGUGGGAGGGGACAUGAACUCCAUCCUGGGUGAACACACCAAGGCUCUGAUUGGUCAGCUCAUCAUCUUCAACCAGAUCCUGGGAGAGUUGAGACAGGACAUCAGAGAACAGGUGAAGGAGAUGUCUCUGAUCAGAAACACCAUCCUGGAGUGUCAGGUUUGUGGUUUCCACGAGCCUCGGUCUCGCUGUUCUCCGAACCCGUGUCACCGAGGCGUCUCCUGUGUGGACAGUCCUGAUUACCCAGGAUACACCUGUGGACCCUGUGGUCCAGGAACGAGAGGCAACGGGACGCACUGUGAGGACGUGGACGAGUGCGAGCUGCAGCCAUGUUUCUCUCCCGACGCCUGCGUCAACACAAUCGGGGGGUUCAGCUGUCGGCCCUGUCCUCCUGGACUGUGGGGGGCGCCACUGGUUGGUACUGGACUGGACUACGCCAAGACACACAAACAGGAGUGUGUGGACAUGGACGAGUGUGUGGACCUCCCGGACGCGUGCGUCUCACACUCCGUCUGCAUCAACACGGUGGGUUCAUACAAGUGUGGCGGCUGUAGACCCGGUUUCCUUGGCAACCAGACGUCAGGUUGCUUCCCCAGGAAUUCCUGCGCUGCGUUGACCUUUAACCCCUGUGACAGCCACGCCCACUGCACCAUGGAGAGGAGCGGCGAGGUGUCCUGCAGGUGUAACGUGGGGUGGGCCGGUAACGGGAACACGUGUGGCGUGGACACGGACAUCGACGGGUAUCCUGACCGCUCUCUUCCCUGCGUGGACAACAACAAACACUGUAAAAAGGACAACUGUGUGUUCACGCCCAACUCUGGUCAGGAGGACGCCGACAACGACGGGAUCGGAGACCAGUGCGACGAGGACGCAGACGGAGACGGAAUCAAGAACGUGGAGGACAACUGCCGAUUGGUUCCUAACAAAGACCAGCAGAACUCAGACAGCGACUCGUUCGGAGACGCUUGCGACAACUGUCCCAACGUCCCCAACGGAGACCAGAAGGACACGGACAACAACGGCCAGGGGGACGCCUGCGACCAGGACAUCGACGGAGACGGGAUUCCCAACGUUCUUGAUAACUGUCCGAAAGUGCCGAACCCGAUGCAGACGGACAGAGACAGAGACGGCGUGGGAGACGCCUGCGACAGUUGUCCCGAGCUCAGUAACCCCAUGCAGACGGACGUCGACAACGACCUGGUCGGAGACGUUUGUGACACGAACCAGGACACGGACGGAGACGGUCUCCAGGACAGCAGAGACAACUGUCCCGACAUCCCCAACAGCUCCCAGCUGGACUCUGACAACGACGGCCUUGGAGACGACUGUGACCAUGACGACGACAACGACGGUGUCCUUGACGACCACGACAACUGCCGACUCAUGGUGAACCCCAACCAGAAAGACUCUGACGCUAACGGCGUCGGAGACGUCUGUGAGAACGACUUUGACAACGACGCCGUGGAGGACUCCAUGGACGUGUGUCCGGAGAGCGCUGAGGUCACGCUGACCGACUUCAGAGCCUAUCAGACGGUCGUCCUGGACCCGGAGGGCGACGCCCAGAUCGACCCCAACUGGGUCGUUCUGAAUCAGGGGAUGGAGAUCGUCCAGACGAUGAACAGUGACCCCGGCCUGGCUGUGGGAUACACAGCGUUCAACGGCGUGGACUUCGAGGGAACGUUUCACGUCAACACGGCGACAGACGACGACUACGCCGGCUUCAUCUUCGGUUACCAGGACUCGUCCAGCUUCUACGUGGUGAUGUGGAAGCAGACGCAGCAGACGUACUGGCAGCCGGUUCCCUUCCGGGCCAUGGCCCAGCCCGCUCUGCAGCUCAAGGCGGUGAAGUCUGGAACUGGACCCGGUGAGUUCCUGAGGAACGCUCUGUGGCACACGGGAGACACGCCCGGAGAGGUGACGCUGCUCUGGAAGGACCCGAGGAACAUCGGCUGGAAGGACAAGACCUCGUACCGCUGGCAGCUGAGCCACCGGCCGCAGGUCGGAUACAUGAGGGUGAAGCUGUUCGAAGGCAUGUCGAUGGUGGCGGACUCUGGCGUCGUGGUCGACACCACGAUGAGAGGAGGCCGACUCGGCGUCUUCUGCUUCUCUCAGGAAAACAUCAUCUGGUCCAACCUGCGCUACAGAUGCAACGACACGGUGCCUGAAGACUUCAAGUCUCAUCGUAAACAAGUUCUGAUGCACAUUCAUGUCUGA